AUGAACGAGGAGACCGGUGGAUUCAACGACGUCAUGUAUCAGUUGUAUACUAUAACGAGAGACCAGAAACAUCUGACAAUGGCUCAUCUUUUCGACAAACCAUGCUUCCUUGGACCUCUUGGUCUUCAUAAAGAUGACAUAUCGGGCUUGCAUGUAAAUACGCAUCUCCCUGUCGUCGUUGGUGCACAGAAGAGAUAUGAGGUCGUUGGUGAUCAUCUUUACGAGGACAUCUCAACCUACUUGUUUGAUGUGGUAAAUUCUUCUCAUACAUUCGCAACUGGAGGUACAUGUACCAUAGAACACUGGCAUGACCCAAAGCGGCUGGUGGACGAGAUCAAAAUAAGCUCAAACGAGGAGACCUGCGCCACCUACAGCUUCCUCAAGGUUUUGCGGAACCUGUUCCGGUGGACAAAGGAGGCCAAGUACGCAGACCACUACGAGAGGCUGCUCAUCAACGGGAUCAUGGGCAACCAGAGGGGAACACAGCCUGGUGUCAUGCUCUACUUUCUUCCCAUGGGGCCUGGGCGAUCGAAGAGUGUCAGUGGCCUGCCCCCCUCUGGCCUUCCGCCAAAGAAUCCAGGGGGAUGGGGAGGUCCAAACGACACGUUUUGGUGCUGCUAUGGCACUGGGAUAGAAUCAUUCUCAAAGCUAGGAGAUUCCAUAUAUUUCCUGGAGGAGGGUGAAACUCCAGGGCUCUACAUCAUCCAGUACAUACCGAGCACCUUCGAUUGGAAAGCCACAGGCCUCACUGUCAAUCAGCAGGCCAAACCCCUGUUAUCAACGGACCCCUUUUUCAAAGUUUCGCUCACCAUUUCUGCAAAGGCUCCAUUAUUAGUUGCGAAGAUCAGGAUUAUAUUGUUAUUUCUUUCACAUUUCAAAUGCUCAAGGAGAUGCCCAAUUAGCAAAGAUGACCUUCCAGAAUACGCGUCCAUCCAAGCGGUGCUGUUCCGGCCGCACCUCCUCGCCGGCCUGACACACGGCAAGGUGCCAGUGACAGACAGCAACCACUCCAACGACGGCCUGACCCCGAGCAUCUGGGAAGUGAACGCUACAAGCGCCGCCUCCGUCGCCGACUGGGUCACUCCGGUCCCCUCCGAGUCGCUCAACUCACAGCUCGUCACGCUGACGCAGAGCGCUGGCGGGCGGACCCUCGUCCUGUCGGUGUCCAUCGCUGACGCGAAGCUCGGUGUCCCUGGAGCUCGCCACCAGGCCGGGGUGCUUCGUGACGACGGCGGCGGGCGCGGGCGCGAACGCCGCCACGCAAGUCGUCUGCCGGGGCAACAACGACGGCGCCAGCGCGAGCGACGACGCCGACGCGGCGUUCCAGCGCGCGGCGAGCUUUGUCCGCGCGGCGCCGCUGAGGCGGUACCACCCGCUGAGCUUCGCGGCGCGCGGGACGGCGCGGAGCUUCUUGCUGGAGCCGCUGCGGAGCCUGCAGGACGAGUUCUACACCGUCUACUUUAG